UGAUGUUAUAGGACUGUCAUCUGAGGAAGAAAAUCAAGGUUAGUCAAAAAUGAUAUAUCUUUUGCCUGUUUGUUACGAUCGCUUACUUUUGCUACUGGGAAAUUGCUUGUGUUUCUGGCUAUUGUGGCUACGCUAAUAUAACGCUAUAUUGUGUUUUCGCUGUAAAACACUUGAUAAAUCGGAAAUAUUGUCUGGAAUCACAAGAUGCCUGUCUUUCAAUUGCUGUACACUAUGUAUUUUUCAGAAAUGUUUUAUGAUGAGUAAUUAGGUAUUUGACGUUGGUGUCUGUAAAUAUUAUGGCUGCUUUCGGUGCAAUUUCUGACUGUAGCUGCAAUGUAAACUAUGAUUUAUAUCUGAAAUAUGCACAUUUUUCGAACAAAACAUAUGCUAUACAAUAAAUAUGUUAUCAGACUGUCAUCUGAUGAGGUUGUUUCUUGGUUAGUGGCUAUUUAUAUCUUUAUUUGGUCGAAUUUGUGAUAGCUACUGAUGGAGUAAAAAACUGGUGGAGUAAAAAAAGUGGUGUCUUUUGCUAACGUGGUUAGCUAAUAGAUUUACAUAUUUUGUCUUCCCUGUAAAACAUUUUAAAAAUCGGACAUGUUGGCUGGAUUCACGAGAUGUGUACCUUUCAUAUGCUGUAUUGGACUUGUUAACUUCUACCGAGUACCGAUUCCGGGUCCGGGCUUGAAAAUAGACAACUUACGGUGAUCGCCACAAAUAGUCAUAUUAAACAUUCCUGAAAAUAAAAGUGUCUCACAUGCUUCAAAAGCCUCGAAUCUUGCGAAUCUAACUGCGUUGUCAGAUUUAAAAAAUGAUUUACUGCGAAAGAAUAGGAUGCGAUUAUCUGAGCUCAGCGCUCCAUAAAUAAAUACCUUUCCAACCAGCACAAGCGUAACAGUAUAACAGAUUGCAUUGAAACAAAUGGCUUACCUGUGGAAAAUCUUCUCUGUUUGCAAUCCCAAGGCUCAUUGUUACACACUGAAUGGUCUUUUGUUCGGUUAAAUCCAUUUUUUAUAGCCUAACACGAGGCAUUUUGUGAACGCUUAUGUCGUUGAAUUUCAUGUCAUAAAAUUUUGGGCGAAACAUCCGACCUGAAUACACUGACUAAACCUGACGUUAUCCAGUCAUGUUUGGUUUCCUUGAAAUCAACAGUUUGUUUGUAACACAACCAAACUUGAUGGGUCAUUUUGCGGGACGGAUUGAUCUGAAAAAAAACGAUUGCAAGACAACGACCUCCGACCUCAUUUAGGCACCAAUCGGAGGACCACUGUCUCUUUGAUUGACUGUAUUUUAACCCAAUUACAACUCACCGUCUUGAAAUCUAGCUGGUUAGAUAGCCAAUGAACAGAGCUAAAUGGCACUAUCAAAUGGUCAUUUGUUUGGAGACGAACUCACACGGAGAACGUGUGCGCCACAGCAGUCUUUGCAUUUCGCAUUUCAACGAGGAAGGACUGAAAGUUAUUACGCACAGCGGUAUUUCGGCAACGUGCAUCUACAACUCUAUUUUCAUCGAAAAUCAUGGCUAAUAAGUCUGGGAAAGCUAAGUCCAAGACUAGAUAUAGCAAUGUAGAGGCAAUUUUAGAAGAACUUCAUCGUGAUACAGAUACAGAAAUGUUCUCUGAGGACGAAUCUGUGGGAGAUGCGUCUUAUGAUUCUGAAACGGAGGCAUAUUUCUUGGAAGGAGAGGAUAUCGUUUUGGAUUGUGGCACUGAUUCCGACUGGGAGCCCCCAGCACCGCCCCCAGCGCCAACUUGUUCUUCCAGCCGGACCCCUGCUGUCUCUGGGCCAUCUACCGGUGUGAAGGCACCGACAAAGAGGCGGAAGAAGGGCAUUGGCACACUGUCCUGGAAGUUGAUGUGGAGCCACCCCAGCCAACUUUCCGACCGAAAAGGGAGCCUGGACCUCAGGACUUUCUUCUAUCAUUUCGUCGACAUUGCAGUUGUGAAUGCAUUCAUCCUACACAAGGAAAUGGCUAAGAGAUGUGGAAAGCCCUUCCUCACACAGAAAGCCUUCAGAGAGCAGCUCAUCAAGGAGCUUGCUGGCUACAGCACCACUGCACCAAGCCCUGUUCCUUCUGCACCUGCCACAAGUGUUCAUCUGCCCAGAUAUAUUUGUGCAGACAUGGAUGUGCCUAAGGGCCAAAGGGGCACAGCAUGGAGGCGUUGCUGUGUUGUUUGUAAGAUGAAGUCGCCCAUCACAUGCACCACAUGCGCGGUGACCCUUUGCUUUACAUCAGAAAGAGACUGCUAUGGCAUCUGGCAUCGACAGCAGAAUAUUGUGUAGAGCUUUGGCAAAGUGGGUGGGGUUAUGUUAUAUCUGGAGUACUGUUCCUGUCUUAUCCUGUGUGAAUUUAAGUAUGCUCUCUCUUUCUCUCCUUCUUUCUCUGAGAACCUGAGCCCCAGGACCAUGCGUCAGGACCCCCUGGCAUGAUGACUCCUUGCUGUCCCCAGUCCACCCGACCUUGCUGCUGUUCCAGUUUCACCUGUUCUGCCUGCGGCUAUGGAACCCAACCUAAACUGUUCAUUUUUACUCUUGAGGUGCUGUCCUGUUGCACCCUCUACAACCACUGCGAUA